AUGUGCCGGACGCUGUGCGACGCCAACCGCUGCGCCCUCCGUGCACCAUGGUCGGAGGAGGAAGUUCCGAUGGCGGUGCGCGAGCUAGCCCCCCGGAAGUCGCCUGGUCACAACGGUCUUCCCAAGGAGUUGUUCGAGUACAACUGGGACCUGCUUGGGCCGGUUUUGAUGCAGUUCGUAGAAAAUUUCACGCGAAUGGCAGAGCUCCCACGCGAAGUCUCAACCGCGGUCACGAUUUUGCUGCACAAAAAGGGGAGUAAGGAGGAGUUAGGGAAUUACAGGCCUAUUAUGCUGCUAAGCACGUCUUACAAGGUGUUAGCGAAAGUAAUGGCGACAAGGCUAAAGAAAGUUCUGCAUGAGGUGAUCUCGGAGGACCAAGCGGGUUUCUUACCUGGACGGAAGCUGCCGGAUGCGGUUGCGGUGGUAGCGGAUGCUAUCGAGGCGGGUGCCGGUGGCGGCAAGGACUGGUACCUCCUGAUGGUUGACUUUCAAAAGGCCUUCGAUUCCAUCUGGAGGCCCUUCCUCUUCCAAACACUACGAGGGAUGGGGGUUCCGGAGCAGUUCGUGUCUUGGGCGGAGGGCCUGCACACAGGAGCAGGCACACGGUUGCACAUUAACGGGUGGACAGGAGAUAGAGUCGCGGUGGAAAGAGGUUGCGACAGGGCUGCCCGCUCGCGCCAUACCUUUUCUUGUGCGCGGUGGAGCCGCUCUGUCAAGAUAUUGCGCAGCGUAUGCUGGGGGUUGGGGACGGGGAUGCGGAGAAGCUGGUGUAUCUGGGUACGCCGACGGCACAUCGCUAUUGUUGCAGGAGGAAAAGCAGCUGACUGCAGCGGCUGA